AUGGACGGGACAAGCGACAGAAUGUUGAGAUUCCUCAAGGACAAGAGCAUCCUGGUCACAGGCUCGACAGGGUUCCUAGCAAAGAGUAAGAAAAAUCUCCCAGAUCCUCUUUCCUCUGAACUUCGAAUGCUCGAUUCUAUGCUAUGCCUCCCCUCUGACUUCUUCUUCUUCUUCUUCUUCUUCUUCUAAUCGGCGAAGUCUUCGUGGAGAAGGUGCUGCGGGUGCAACCCAACGUGAAGAAGCUCUUUCUCCUUGUGAGGGCCCCCGACGCCAAGUCGGCCUCCCACCGUCUACACGACGAGGUUCGCCACCUUCUUCUUCGUUUUCGUCUCCUCACUCUUUUUGUUCUCCUUCUCCGCAUGGCGUCUGUCUCUCUGUUGGUGGGAUCUCCAACUACCGGUAGAUGUUGGGAAGAUCUUGAAGAGCAAGAUCCACUAGAGCGAACUGCUGGUCCAUCCAAGCAUGCAUUCUAAUUUAAAAAAGAUACCUUAAAUAUGGUUCACCAUAUCGAUUAUAUUCGGAAGAAUCAUGGGUUUAGAUGGGAACAUAUAUCUUUUUUUAUGUGCCGUUGAUUGAUGUUCGACUUUUAUCAGCUGUAAAACUCAUUUUCUAUAAAAGUUAAGGUUGAUGAAAAAAACACUGCAAAUUUCUUAAAGUUUAUAGCUAAUAUCUUAAGGGAUUGUACCAUUAAAAUUCGAAUCUAGGUAUUGCAAUUUAUUCAUCUCUCUAUGACGGUGUAGGUUGGUUUAUUGACGCCGCCCUCUUCGUUCUUGCAUUAAAAUCUGGAAGCUGGCUCAGACUUUACGAAGUCAACCAAGAACAUAAAAAAAUUCAGUCAGCCCUGUAAUUGGACCAUCUAGCCCUUUAAUAUGAUGCUCCACUACAUGAAAUAUUUACGAGUGAAUAAUCCCUUGGACCAUUCACGAUUAUAUAGACCCUGAAUUAACUUGCGUCCACAUGAAAUCCACUGUCGCACUCCGCGGCGCCAUCUCGGUGGGUCGCCCCGGGAACGUUGCCCUGUCGGUUCCUCAAUAAAUGACCUGUUUUCCUGGGACGCAUCUCCAUCGGCGGGACCCCGCGUACUUCGGACACCUAUUCGGACUUUGGGGGGCCUCGCGUCAACUGCCAUGUACCUUUCAUCCUCACCGUCCGUCUAGAGCCAUUCGUGGGAACAGUCGAAGGAUUAAGCUGUCAAGCACAUUUGUUUUCUGAUCAUGUGUGGUGAGAAGUGACAGCUUCUAGAUACUUGUCGGUGGAUAAAUUUUGUGAAAUAUUAGAUCCUCUCUCCCUCUCUCCCCAUGUGAGUAUGCUAGAGUCUAUUAAAUUCGGGUUGACUUCGUCGCUACUGAAUGGACUCCUAUCUGUGUUUGUGUUGAUAGAUAAUAAUUCUACGAAACUUGCUUAAAAUGCUCACGAUUAUGGACUAAGAAUGGGCCCCUCAUGAAUACGAUCUUACUGAAGUUUUAACCCCACUGUUUGUGAAGUAACCCCUCUCUCUCUCUCUCUCUCUCUCCCAAUCAGUAAACUGCAUCCUCUCUCUAUCUCUGUGUAAAUGUUUAUAUGUUGACCCCGGCCUCUUCUGCGGAUGCGGAGAUGAGCAGGUGACGGGGAAGAAGGUGUUCGGGGUCCUCAGACAGCAGUAUGAGAAGGGAUUCUCAGCCUUCGUCUCGGAGAAAAUUUCUCCGGUCGCUGGUGACAUCGCCUGCGAGAACCUCGGCAUAGAGGACCGCGACCUCAGGGAGCUCCUGUGUAGGGAAGUAGACGUCGUCCUCAACGUGGCCGCGACCACCAAUUUCUUUGAAAGGUGAGUGUCUCCGCCCAAGAAGAGGAGAGGAGAAGGCCGGCGGCGUCGCUCCUACAUUCCCAGUCUUUUCCGCUAGUAACAGUGCCGAGCCAUGCAUGCAGAUACGACGUCGCGUUGAAGGCCAAUGUUCUGGGCGCCAAGCAUGCCCUCGACUUUGCCAAGAGGUGCGAGAAACUGCAGCUGUUUCUCCACGUAUCCACAGGUAUUCGGAUAACUACAGGCGGAGGAAACAUGCUCCCGUUCCUGUUAUUCUUCUCAUUCUCAGCCGCACGUCGCCUGUCGCAGCCUACGUCUGCGGGUCGAGGGGAGGGCUGAUUCUAGAGGAGCGACUCCGGAUGGGGGAAUCUCUCAAUGGAGCCCCGGGUUUAGACGUCGACGCAGAGGUGAGGCUGGUGGAGGAAACCCUGGAGGAACUGCGCAGCGGAGAGUCGACGGAGAAAACCGAGAAGGUCUCCAUGAAGGAGCUGGGCAUGAAGAGGCUCGUAGCCCCAAUCCCUGACGCUGAGUCUCUGAGCUUCAUCGUGGGGCAUUUUUUUGGCAUAACCAGUCACCGCCGUCCCUUCUUCCCCCUCUCUACAGGGCGAGGUUUUUCGGGUGGCCGAACACGUAUGUUUUCACGAAGGCGCUCGGGGAGAUGAUGAUAGGACAGCAGAGAGGGGAUACGCCGGUCGUCAUCAUUCGGCCGACCAUAAUAACGAGCACCCACAGAGAGCCAUUCCCUGGCUGGGUGGAGGGAACCAGGUAAUCGCGACGGCCAGAAUGGAAGGGUGAUCGUGUUCGAGCAUGGCUUGUUGCUGAAGAGCAGACGCUAAUAGUUCCUGGUUAAAACCUUUUUGGGUCUCCUCAGGACAAUCGACAGCCUGGUCAUCGGUUACGCCGAGGGAAACCUGGCCUGCUUCUUGGGAGAUCUCUCGCUGACGGUGGAUGUGGUAAGAAUCUUGAACGAGCUUAACCUUCUCCCUUAUUUUUUACUUGAUCCGUCCGAAAAGAGGGAAACAGAAAUAUGUUUCCUUCUGUCUCUGUCUCUCACUAGGAGAGACAGAGAUAAAGAGAAGAAACAAAGACGCGCACGUUUGUACGUGGAGUCGAGUAAUGGCCAUAUCGGGUGCCUAGGGAGGGACAUUGGCAUCGUUUCCCUCUGAAAAACCUGUCAUGUCAUGCUGUUCGCAGAUCCCUGGAGACAUGGUGGUCAACGCGAUGAUCAUCGCCAUGGAGGUUCACGCGAACCAGCGGUCGGAAUUCAUCUACCACGUCGGCUCCUCCGUCUCUAAUCCAUUGACCUACGCCAGGUUGAAAGACUACGGCUACCGCUACUUCCUGGAGAACCCCCGAGUGGGGAAAGAUGGUAAGAUCAUCAAGACUCGGGACAUCCUCCUGUUCACGACCAUAACCAGCUUCCGCCGCUACAUGGCUCUUCGCUACUGGUUGCCUCUGGAGGUCUGUUCUCGUCGUUUCCAUAGCCAUAAACCUAGUCUCCUCGAAUCAUACGCCUCCUCUUCCCGAGGAGACAUCCCCCGGCAUGUCUCGUCGCCUCAUGCUUUCGUGGAUUGCGGUUGUCAGGGUUUGCGACUGGUGAACGCCGCCCUCUGCGGGGUCUUCUCGCAACUGUACGACCGACUCAGCCGCAAGUACAAGUUCGUCAUGCACCUCGUCGAUCUCUACGAGCCCUACGCCUUCUUCAAGGGAUGGUAAGCCGGAGAGCAAUCCCAGACAGCAAGUUAUUAGAAGGGUCGAACCACCUAACAAUCCGAGCUCUCUCUCUCUCUCUCUCUCUCUCUCUCUCUCUCUCUCUCUCGUUCUAUUGCUUCAGCUUUGACGACCUGAACCUCGUGAGACUGCGGGCGGCCGCCGGGGACGAUCACGGCGGCGGAGGGUUGUUCGAUUUCGAUCCGAAGUCGAUCGAUUGGAAUCAUUACUUCAGUACGGUUCACUUUCCCGGGGUGGUUAAGUACGUGUUGAAGUGA